AUGGCCUUUUACACUCUCGCUGAAGGCUGCCCAUAUGCCAGCAACGCCUCGUCCGUCCAGCUGCGAAACCGCUCGGGCGGUGGGCUGGUACUGAUGCAGGACACCCAGCUGCUCGAGACGCUGGCCCAUUUCUCGAGAGAACGCAUCCCGGAGAGAGUCGUACACGCCAAAGCUGCCGGGGCAUACGGCAUCUUCGAGGCCACCGACAACUGCUCCGACCUGACCUCCGCCAGCUUCCUCUCUGCUGCUGGCAAGCAGACUGCUGUCUUGCUGCGCAUCUCGACCGUCGGCCCCGAGCGCGGGUCAGCUGACACAGUACGUGAUGUGCAUGGCUGGGCCAUGAAGCUGUACACCGACGAGGGGAACCUCGACUGGGUCUUUAAUAACACGCCCGUCUUCUUCGUCCGCGACCCGCUCAAGUUUCCGUCGCUUAACCGCUCGCAUAAGCGACACCCGCGGACCAAUGUCCCCGAUGCUGACAUGUUCUGGGACUUCCAUGUCGGUAAUCCAGAAGGCGUGCACCAGCUUAUGCACCUCUUCAGUGAUCGUGGCACUCCGGCCUCCCUGCGCCACAUGAAUGCUUAUAGCGGGCAUACGUACAAGUUCACCAAGGAGGACGGCUCGUUCCGGUACGUCAAAAUCCACAUCAAGACCACCAUUGGCGUCAAGAACUUCGAUCGUCAGACUGCCACCAAGAUUGCUGGCGAGAACCCCGACUACCUCGUCGAGGACCUCUUCCACGCCAUCGAAACCGGCAGCUAUCCCCAGUGGGACGUCUUCGUCCAGGUCAUGACCCCCGAGCAGGCAGAGACCUAUAAGUGGAAUAUCUUCGAUAUGACCAAGGUUUGGCCCCACGCCGACUUUCCACUGCGCAAGAUCGGCCGUUUGACAUUAAACCGUAAUCCUCGAAACUACUUCACCGACAUCGAGCAAGCCGCAUUCUCGCCCUCCACUAUGGUGCCUGGCAUUGCUCCCUCUGCAGAUCCAAUGCUUCAAGCGCGCAUGUUUGCCUAUCCCGACGCAGCGCGCUAUCGCCUGGGCACAAACUACCAGCAGCUGCCCACCAACCGGGCCCACGCGCCGGUAUACUGCCCGUUCCAGCGUGACGGCUUCAUGAACUUCUCCGACAACUAUGGCGAUGAUCCCAACUAUGUCGGCUCGAUGCUGAAACCGACGGCCUUCAAGGCAACCAACAACAGCACCACCACCCUGACCCAGCAUGAGAAAUGGGUAGGAGAGGCCGUAAGCUUCUGUACCAUCAUGGAGCCGCGGGACUAUGAACAAGCCGCCGCGCUGUGGAAGGUAUUAGGCCGCGAGCCAGGCCAUCAGGACCGGUUAAUUGACAACCUGGCGGACAACGUGCGCCGAGUCACCGACCCGCGACUGCGCAGCAAGGUCUAUGAGCUGUUCGGCCGGGUCGACCGCGAUAUGGGAGCUCGACUGUCAGCGGCCACUGAGCCAGCAUGUUCGUGA